AUGGACAUGGUGUGGCCACGCUUGACGGUUUCAUUUAUGCGAUAUGAUCCUCGCCGAAAUCAGUGGACCAGCGUAGCAUCUAUGGGUGAAGAACGAUACGGACAUUCUGUCUCUGUGCUCAACGGCUGUUUAUACGCCGUUGGAGGUUGGAUUAAAUCAUCUGUGGAGAGGUUAGUCAACGUG